AAGUACAAGGUCAAAUAUGAGAAUACCGCCAUACCUAUCAAAAUAGCGAACGAGUUUGUAGGACUCGGUGGUGAGGGAGAAUCAUUCGAAAUAGUCAAUAUCGAUCGAGUUGAUAACCGAGAGAAGUUCUUGUGUCGUUUACCCAAAGAGCAAAGGACCAAUGGUACAGACUCUCAUAUGAAACAAUCUAUACCGAGCAAUGCUGGAAAUUCAACGGACAGAGAGUUGAUUGAGAGCGCAAUUGAGGCCAUAACGGCAUCCUUUUCCAGAGAGACUUGCGUUUUCGAAAUUGGCUUGAAUGGAGGAUACUGGACAUUUGGGUUCUGCUUUGGUGAUAAAAUUAUCCAGUUUCAUGAAGAUAUCAUGCAUUUUUUGGAGACCAAAGAACACAAACCAGAGUCCCCCAACUACAUUUUUGCAUUGGGACGUUUCAAAGGUGUUCCUAGGACGAAAGUUAAGCUGCAGAAUCAAGCCAGCAAGCUCGAAAAUGAUUUAAAUCCCGAGGACUUUCUGAUCCAAGAGGACAUAGUUGAUCAAUUGUCCGAUUCGGGCUCUGCCAUUCAAUUCAGUUCUCAGAAGUUUGUUCAACACACAUUGGGCAAUGGAGGCAUAUGUGAUUUGACCCAAGAACCAAGAACUGUUGAUGUGGUGUACAAGUGUGACCUCAAGAACACCAGGGGAAUCCAGAUUUUGGAGGUACAAGAAUACAAGACCUGUAGGUACCAAUUGGUCAUCAAUGUACCCAAGCUAUGCAAUAUCAAGGAAUUCCGCCCCAAUAAUAUCGAAGACAAAGUGAUAGAUAUAACAUGCAAAUCAAUUGAUACAGAGAGUACAGAAGUUGCCAAUGGAAUUAGCAGAGAUGACUUCGAUUCUUUUAAAGAACUCACCAACGAGAACAACUUAUUUUUGGCCGACUCCAAGUAUAAGAUUAACAUAGCUGAUUAUCAUUUGACUCCUUGUGGCUAUGGGUUUUACAUCGCACAAAGCCAGCAAGCAUCGUCAAUUCCAGCAUGGAGUGACAAGACGUUAUUAGUAUACAAUGGGGAAUAUGAAUCGGCAACUGAUAUAUUGAGACAUGCAGGGGGGAUGUUUCAAAAGGUUCUCGAGAGGAAGAUCUUCUCUCCCGUUUUUGUUGGUCAGAAUACGAUAUCUGCAUUGAGUUGGUCAGAUUCCUUUAUUGUGUGGUACGAAUUAUUUGACUUUUAUGGAAACUUCAUAUACUACGUGAGAGUUCUUCGGGAUGGAGGCGAUCAAGCGAAACAAUUGGAACUUCAAGUAAUUGAUCCAAAUAGCAUGAUCGAUCAGGACGGGGACAAGGUGGAAAUGCCAGAGUUUGAAGCACCCAACAAACAAUGGAAUUUUGAGAAAUUCUACAGACCUUCCGAAGAAGAGAAA